AUGACUACUAUUAAGCCCGGUGACUCGUUCCCCAGUGACGUGGUCUUCCAGUACAUUCCCUGGACCGAGGAGAGCGAUGAAAUUACAUCCUGCGGGAUUCCGAUCAACUACAAUGCUUCAAAGGAAUGGGCGGACAAGAAGGUGGUCCUGUUCUCGGUUCCUGGUGCCUUCACCCCAACUUGCUCCGUCAACCACGUGCCUGGAUACAUCAAAAACCUUCCCCAACUCCGCCAAAAGGGCGUUGAUAUUGUCGCUGUCGUUGCUUUCAACGAUCCCUUUGUCAUGAGUGCCUGGGGCAAAGCCAACCAGGUGCGCGGAAACGACAUCUUGUUCCUCACCGAUCCCGAGGCUCGGUUCUCCAAGAGCAUUGGAUGGGCAGAUGAAGCUUCCGGCCGUACUGGCCGGUACGCCAUUAUCAUCGAUCACGGCAAGAUCAGCUACGCGCAGAUCGAGACUGAAAGGGGCGCUGUGACGAAAUCGGGCGCCGAUGCUGUCUUGGCCUCACUGUAG